AUGUUCAACGCGAUCGGUCUUAGUCUUGCAGCUGCAGUCAAUAACAGGAAGCGCAAACGACGCGAUCCUGACACUUCGUUCGAGGAAAUGCCUCCGUUCUUUACAUCACUGUCUGCCAAGACGCUCAAACCCCCUCCAGCACCGUCUCGCAAGCCGUCGGAGCGCUUACAGCGCCCUUCAAACGAGCUCGAUGACUUCCUUUCCUCAGAUCUAGAGAACUCCUUCGCCUCAACCAUGUCCUUGAACUCCCCCACCGGUUCGCCUCGAGACGCAUUCGUACCCUCCAGUCUUCCCGAAGUCCAGUCGCCGAUGGCAAUGGACAUUUCUCCCGCCCCUCCUCAGAAGAUGUUCCUCGACGACGCCUCCGAGAGAAAAGCCUCUCGACAAGAGUUGUCAGCCGCUCGUUCGUUUGGUCGCGAGCUGGGAAACCACGCAUUGGCGACCGUCCAGGCAGAGAGCGCAUCAAUGAGGAUGGGCAGUAACGGUCCGCAACGUACUUUGCUCCCGUCGGAGUGGUUAGCUGGUUUCUCAUCAGGCAAGGCUGAGAACGUUCCCGCUGAAGAUCACCGGAAUACUAAUUACUCAGAUGCAAUGGAGGUAGACGAAUGCAUUCUUCCUGCAUCGCUAACUUGCCCUACCGUCGAGGAUCCGACCAUCAAGUUCCCAUCCGUACAAGAUGAGAAGGGGUUCUCGAACCUCUUCUUUGAUGGCAUGUCGUCCCCGCCUCCAAUUCGGCCAAUGAAGCGCAGGUCUCUAUCGCCUGAGGGUUCUCCCCGACAGAAUGUCGGAAUGAGACAAAGAUACAGUAAUGAUGGUGCUACCUUCCUACAGGGUAACUUCGAAGGAUCUUCUUCGCCGGCCCCGCCAUCGCCCUCUGCCCGCAAGUUUGAACGAGUUGCAAGUACAGGUGGUCUGUUUGGUAAGAACAUUCGGCAGCCUGCUUUUUUGACCGCACCAUCUGGAACUACCUCAAUCUCCGAUGGUCCCAAGAGGUUGAAGCGACCAGCUUUGGAAGGGCAUGCAAUAUCUGCAUAUUCUGUCAUGGAGGCGAACGAUGAUAACGGUUUCAAGGAAAUGCCAGCACCGAGACGUGCAUUUUCUGCUACCGUUCCUCCGAUGCCAUCGAGUCCCGGUGAGGGUGAUUCCGAAGUAGGACACGAAGUCUCUUCUCCAGCUGCUCAAGCUCUGGCGAAGAAGCAGGCGGUGCGUACCAUCCGAAGGCGAGAUGGAACGGAUGAUUUUCGACCGUUUGCAGCUGGCGGUACUCUCCGCCAACGGGAUACGAAUCCUUCGGUGCAAUCACCCUUGAGAGACGCAACGCACCCAGCCAAUAUUGAAAGUCCGAGCGCUCGCUGGCUUAAAGGAACAGGCUUACCAGGGUUCGGCGACAAUGAAGCACAUGGGAAGAUCCUUCCAUGUGAACGAGUUCCAGAAGACGGCCUGAUGCGAAUUGAUGUUCAAACGCUGGACGCUUUAAUAUCUGGGACAUACGAUGAUAAGAUCGUGACUUAUCAUAUUAUUGACUGUCGAUUUGAUUAUGAAUACCAAGGCGGCCAUAUCAAAGGGGCUGUCAAUGUUAACACAACAGCAGACAUCGAAGACUAUCUUUUAGGAAAUAAUAUUCCCAAACCGACGCCGACAUGCAGUGGUGAUCCGAACAAAAAGACUAUUCUUAUCUUUCAUUGCGAAUUUAGUGCAAAACGUGCACCGACUUUCGCCAAAGCCCUACGCGCAAAGGACAGAGCGAUGAACAAUCACGUCUAUCCGCGCAUACACUAUCCGGAAGUAUACGUCCUCAAAGGAGGCUACCACCAGUACUACACGGAGUCAGCAAUGUACAGUGAGCCCCGUGGCUACGUGCGUAUGGAUGACCCCCAGUACGCUCGUGAUCGACGCCAGGAUCUCGACCAAUUCCGGACGAAGUCGCGUUUUGGUAGGACAAAGAGCUACGCAUACGGAGAGCUCUCAAAGCAGCUUUCAGGAUCGCAAGGCCAACAGCCGCCAAAUCCUUUCUCACAUCAUCAAAGGAACUCCGCUCCGGGAAGUUCGUCUCUGCUUCCCGCCGCCAUUGUAUCUCGCUCGAGGCGAUCUGGUGAAGAUGCUCCGCCAAUUCUCUCGACACUCGACGAGGAUUCGAUGAUCGGCAUGACCAGCGUGAGCAGUGAUGAGAGCGGGAUAUUAGAAGGCGUUGAUAAGAGUCCUUGCCCACCGCCAGCAGCCAGGGCGAAAAAUGGACUGAUGGGCAUGUCUAUGCUCAACUUCAAGCAACGAAACGCAGGGACCGGACGCGGGCCUCUGCAACGCGCCCAGACGGUCGCUCAGAUCCGUUGAAAUGCCAUCAUCAGCAAGACACGAUGUUCACAAGGCCUGAUAUACUCACGGAACCACACACUUAUCUUCACACUCAGCUAUUCGCCACCC